GGGAGAUAAGCAGCACCAACGCAGCUAUGUGUGUUUCUGUUAAAUUUAGAGCAGUUAUCAGACGCAGUUCUCCGUCCUGAACACACACUCUUCUUCUGCUGCCGCCGCGUCAGGCCCAGAGGUUGAAGGGAGCUGAAGAAUCACCAUGGACCGAGCCAGAACCUUCAUGCCGUUCUCCACUUAUGAGCUGCUCUUCUCUCUAGCCGUCAUCUCCACUGAGUUUAUGCCUUUAGCAGCGGGAGGCUCGGCUUCAGCGCUCCUGUCCAACAACACGGUCGGCAACGAAACCAAAUGUGCCGGCAGCACCAAGUGCGUCGAGGGCGUCAUCCUGCCGGUGUGGAAGCCACUCAACCCGGCCUUCACUGAUCGCCUGGCCAGAGCCACCAUUUACUUUGUGGGGUUGGUCUACAUGUUCCUGGGAGUCUCUAUUAUUGCAGAUCGCUUCAUGUCGUCCAUCGAGGUCAUCACUUCUCAGGAAAGACAGAUUACCAUCAAGAAACCAAAUGGUGAGAAGAUCACCACAACGGUCCGCGUCUGGAACGAGACGGUGUCCAACCUGACCCUGAUGGCACUCGGUUCUUCUGCACCUGAAAUCCUCCUGUCAGUCGUGGAAAUUUGUGGUCACAACUUCAAAGCUGGUGAGCUUGGUCCCAACACCAUCGUAGGAAGUGCCGCCUUCAACAUGUUCGUCAUCAUUGGCCUUUGUGUGUCCGUCAUCCCCGAUGGAGAGACCAGGAAGGUGAAGCACCUGCGAGUGUUCUUUGUUACCGCUUCCUGGAGCAUCUUUGCUUAUACCUGGCUUUAUUUGAUCCUGGCCGUCUUCUCUCCAGGUAUUGUUCAGAUAUGGGAGGGGCUUGUCACGCUGUCGUUCUUCCCUGUUUGUGUUGGUUUUGCGUACGUGGCCGACCGCAGGCUGCUCUUCUACAAAUACGUGUACAAACGAUACCGAGCAGGGAAGCAGAGAGGAAUGAUUAUAGAAACUGAGGGAGAGCCAGAGCUUCCAUCAAAGGUUGACAUUGAAAUGGACGGUAAAAUGCUCAACUCUCGCAGUGAAGAAGUCAUAGAUGGAGAGAUGGGGCUUGAGGUGAAUGAGCUGGAUGAGGAGGAGGCCCGAAGAGAGGUGGCCAGGAUCCUGAAGGAACUGAAGCAGAAACAUCCAGAAAAAGAGAUGGAGCAGUUGAUGGAACUGGCCAAUUAUCAAGUUUUAACCCAGCAACAGAAGAGUCGAGCUUUUUACCGCUGUCAAGCUACCAGGAUCAUGACCGGAGCAGGUAACAUCUUGAAGAAGCAUGCUGCUGACCAGGCGAAGAGGGCCAUCCAGCACGAUAUCUGCUCAGAGAUGUCCAUAAACAACUUUUCCUCCAAGGUGUUCUUUGACCCUGGGACCUAUCAGUGUCUGGAGAACUGCGGCAGCAUGGCGCUAAAUGUGGUCCGUAAAGGUGGAGACCUAACAAGCACAGUUUGUGUGGACUACCGGACUGAAGAUGGGACCGCCAACGCCGGCUCAGACUACAAGUUCACAGAGGGAACCAUUGUCUUCCAACCAGGCGAAACCGAAAAGGAAAUCCGCAUUGACAUUAUUGAUGACGACAUCUUCGAGGAAGAUGAGCACUUCCUGGUUCACCUCACCAAUGUUAGGGUCAUAUCAGAAGGCCCAAACGGCCACGAGGUGAACCACGUGGAUGCCAGUGCAGGGUUGGGCUUACCGUGCACCGCCACUGUCACUAUCUUUGAUGACGACCAUGCCGGGAUCUUUACGUUCGAGGAGCCAGUGGUGACGGUGAGCGAGAGCUGUGGGGUGAUGGAGGUGAAGGUCGUCCGGACCGCAGGAGCCCGUGGUGUUGUAGUGGUGCCAUACAAAACCAUCCAAGGGACGGCGAAGGGAGGCGGGGAGGACUUUGAGGACACACACGGAGUCUUGGAGUUUGAGAACGAUGAGAUCUUCAAAACCCUCCAAAUCAACAUAAUUGAUGAUGAAGAGUAUGAGAAAAACAAGAACUUCUUCCUGGAGAUCGGAGAGCCUCAGCUUCUGGAGAUGAGUGAGCGGAAAGCUGUGUUGCUUCAGGAACUCGGAGGAUUCGUGAAGACAGACAAGCAGCUGUGCGGUAGAGAUGUCUACAGGAAGGUCCAGGGACGAGACCGCCCUGCCCCCUCAGCUGUCAUCAGCAUCACUGAAGGGGUUUGUGAAGAAGCUUCGACGAAGAGGGAGGAGGAGGAGAGGCGGAUUGCGGAGAUGGGGAAGCCGAUGUUGGGCGAACACAUCCGCCUGGAGGUCAUCAUCGAGGAGUCGUACGAGUUCAAGAGUACGGUGGAUAAACUCAUCAAGAAGACCAACCUGGCUCUGGUGAUCGGGACGAACACCUGGAGGGAGCAGUUUGUGGAGGCAGUCACCGUCAGCUCAGGUGACGAUGAUGAAUGUGGGGAGGAAAAGCUUCCCUCGUGCUUUGAUUAUGUCAUGCACUUCCUCACCGUCUUCUGGAAGCUUCUGUUCGCCUUCGUUCCUCCCACCGACUACUGGAACGGCUGGGCCUGCUUCGUCGUCUCCAUCUCCGUCAUCGGGCUCCUGACAGCUUUCAUUGGAGACCUGGCAUCUCAUUUCGGCUGCACCGUUGGCCUCAAAGACUCCGUCACUGCAGUGGUGUUCGUUGCUUUGGGGACUUCGGUACCAGACACCUUUGCCAGUAAAGUGUCAGCUAUCCAAGACCAGUAUGCAGAUGCCUCCAUUGGCAACGUGACAGGAAGUAAUGCUGUCAACGUCUUUCUGGGAAUCGGCAUAGCUUGGUCCAUCGCUGCUGUCUACCAUAACAUCAAAGGCGAUGACUUCAAGGUUGAUCCGGGCACUUUGGCCUUCUCCGUCACGCUCUUCACUAUCUUCGCCUUCAUCUGCGUCGCUGUGCUACUCUACCGCCGCCGGCCUUCCAUCGGCGGGGAGCUUGGAGGACCCCCACUCGCUAAGAGGCUAACCACCUGCCUGUUUUUCAGCCUGUGGUUGAUGUACAUCGUCUUCUCCUCCCUGGAGGCCUACUGCCACAUAAAGGGCUUUUAGGAGUUCCACUUCAAACUGGCCCCCUUGGCUCUGUUUGAUUGGUUCCUAUACAAGUGUUAUUAGUUCAAAGUAUGGUCAAUAUCUAAUGUCGUAAGAGAGCCUAACAGAUGAUGGAGUCCUAAAGUUCUGAUGGGUUCUGAGGUCUUUGGCAAUCUGACAUUCUGAUGGACUCUUCUCAGUGGUCUUGAUGGACCGAAAAAACUCUCCAUGAUCUUGGUUAAUUUCUAAUGGCUCUGUGGAUUUCAUGCGCAAAAUAAAAUUUUAAGUUUGUAAGAGGUUCCUGGUGGUUGAUGUAGCCGUAACUGGUUCAGUCCAGUUCUCCCAUCAUGUACCAGGUUUGAUGAUUCUCAGGUUCCAGUCUAUUAACAGGUUCCUGACAUCUGAUUUUAGGGAAUAAAACACAGGUUUGUGAAGCUCUGUAAUAUUUGUAUGAACUAGUAGACUUUUUGAUAAUACUUUAUUUUUGGAAAGGUAUCUAAAUAUUUAAAUAUUUGCAGUUCUUUUUGGUUUUUUAAAGGUUUUAGGAAUUUAAAAGAAGUUUGUUGAGUUUGUAAAUGUUCUUGACGGACUGCAAAACUUCUCAGCUUUCCUGAUGGAUUUGUAAAUGUUUUUAAGUUUCUGGAUAAACUUCUACUAUUUCUGCUGAGUUCCUAUGAUUCAUUUGCUUGAAAUAUUCAAUCAACAUUUAAGGGGUACAACAAUUUCCCAACGGAUACUUGGACACGACUUACCGCUGACUUCAGACUUGACUUGUAGUUGCGAUUUAAGUUCUUUAACCAUGGGGCAGAUGAUGUACUGCCAGCUACAUUGUCGUGAGUUGAAUAAUCAAUUAAUUUGACAACUUAAAACUCCUCCAGACAGGUCUGUCACUCAAGCCUGAUUCAUUGUUCUGUGUCAAAGCUAUGCUGUAGCUACGGUGUAGGUGUGUGUAGCUGCUACGCAGAAGUAACUCAGGCUUCAGAGGUGCAGUUGGUGAAAAUUUUGAAGAACAAGUUGAAAUUUGAAUAUUUACAAACAAAACGUCCAGCUUUUCCUUUUAACCUCCAUCACAAACCACACCUUCCAAAGACGCUAGAACGCAAGGACAUGCAAUGCUAGCUAUCUAUUGAAGGUGACCAUAGACCGUAUAAAACAUUGGAUGAAGCUUCAGGUCACAUGGUCUCUGAAGAUCAGUUUUUCUUAGUGUAGGGUGCAGCCAUGUUGCUUUGGAAGCUGGCAGAAACACACCUACCGUAUGUCAAUCAAAGUUGGUUUCGCUCCCAGCUCCUUCACGCCACAUCAAACUAUAUUUAGAGCUGCUGCCAGAUGUUUCCAGCGUGAUAUACCAUUUAAUAUGUUGACUCAUUGGGGAAAUCUAAAUUUAAUUAAUUAAUCUAAAAGUUUAAUUUAGCCAACCCUGGUUAUACAAACGGCUGGUUGCUUCCCUAAGCACGGUAGCAUGACGAUUUUGGAUAACCACGUUUUUUAUGGCUAGUGAUUCGCUGAGCUGUCAAUCACUCAUAUUUGUAAUACAUUUAUUGCUUGAUAUAAUCUCCCCUGGCGUGGUACACCACACCAACAGAAAUCUAGUCAAAACUUCAAAUACUUCAAAAACUCCCCAAAAGGAAAUUCAUUUCUAACCAAAGGUUAGAAAUGUGACCACGAUUACCUUUUUUUGAUUCUAUUAACUCACGUUUUUCGUUCUUCUUGCAGAAUCCAGGAUUUUCUUUGGUUGUAGCUGUUUCCAGUACAGAUAUUUCUCGUUAACCUUCUGCUUUUCUUUUAUUCUCAGCUCAAUCUGUUUUACAAAAUACCUGCAACUUGCUAGUGCUAGCAAUAACUGGACUACCAAUGACUCUGACCAAAGACUUGAGACUUGAACCUGGAUUUUUCACCAAAGACUUGAAACCUGGCCUGGACUUGCUUAAAGUGACUUGUAAGCAUCUCUAACUCCGGACAGUCAAUAGGUUUGUAAAAGCUUUAGCUGGUUCUUAUAUUUUCUUUCAGGUUCUUUUAGUUUGGAUCAAUGUUUCUCAUUCUUUUCACAUAUUUCUGAAGGUUCUGUUUGAACUCUCCAAAUGUCUGUCGGACACUGGCAUGUUGAUUCCGGACUGUUCUCCUGCUGCUGAGUUCAGGCGACCUGUCAGACUCAACUUUCCUCUCAUACCUCAAUGAAUUGUAUAUUUACCUGAAUUACAGAUCCUUCACUUUCAGUCGUGGACAGUAAAGUCACAGGGCAUGAGCUCUAAAAUAGUGGCUACAGUAGUGACCACAAACAGCAUUGACCACGAGCAGUGUUGACCAUGAGCUACGCUGACCUUGAAGAACGUUGACCACGAGCAACGCUGAUCACAAGCAACAUUGACCACGAGCAACGUUGACCACCAACAGCUUUUGCUGCUGCACAGUUCGGGUUGACUCGUGGAAAUAUAAUCGCGUGUUUGUUUGUGAACUCAAAGAUGGAGGAGGCGCUCACCGGUGACCAGUAGUAAACGUUUAUGAUCUGUGAUGUGAUUGGUUGUUCUGGAUGAUGUACUCUUUCAAAUAUUAAAGUUUAUCGAGUGACAA